AUGUCACAGCUCCUGGCCGGGCUGCGGUCAAUGCGCUCCGCGUCGGCCGCGUCCCAGCCCCUGCGCAUGCUCUACGACUUCAGCCGUUUCAAUGGCCACCCGCAGGAGGAUUAUCGCCGGCAUCCGGCCGGCCGGGUGAAGGAUGACUUUUGGGCACCCCCGGCCGAGGAGCUGGACAGCCUGCUGUCCAAGGAUGUGGGGCCUGUUUUGAGUGAUCCCACGGCCCGGCCGUCUGGCCUGCUGUCCAUCGUGUCGGCCGAGCGGCCGACCAUCACCUGCCCCCACUACCAGGAGUCGGUUCGCCUGUCGAGCGAGAUCCCGAUGGCCAAGAAGCAGCAGGCCAUCCCGGCGUCGGCUUUCUCCCUGACCUGCCCGGCGAUCCUCGACUGGCAGGUGGGCGCCGACAGCGACUAUGGCGGCUAUUCGUAUGCCCUGAUGGAGCAGCACCAGCACUUCGCCCGCUUUCGAGGCUACGUCUCCUAUCUGACCCCACGGGGGAAAGACCAGUCCGGCUAUGCCUAUGCCCGGUCGCUUGUUCGCAACAGUGGCCCGUUGCGUAAUCGGGAUACCUCGUUGGCCGGCUUCGACGCUGUGGACGUCUGCGUCCGCGGUGACGGGCGCAUGUACAACCUUUCGCUGUCAGCCUCAUCCGAGGGUGCCAUCGGGGAGCUCUUCCAGAAUGUCAUCUACACCAGCGAUCCCCAUUCGGAGCUAGAGCGCCACCCGGCAUCCAGUGACAGUGAUAGUGAUGACGAUCCGCUUGGACCCUUCCGUGUGGUGUCGCCGCCGAUCGCGCGCGCGAGUGUCUCUUCCUUCGGUUUGUCCCCUGCCGAUCGCGUGGACGGGCCAUUCCGCCUCGACAUCAAGUGGAUUCGGGCCCGGCGGUGGACACCGGCCGAGCGGGACGCCUACACCAAGCGCCUGGAGAUGGAUAUGCGCGCCGGGAUGCAUGGGUACCGGUUCCCCUCCCGCGGGUCCGGUCCCUCGCCCCGGGGGAACUGGGGCGGAUGGUCCUUUGUGCCGGGCCAGCCUGAUCCGAUUUUCGCUCGGGCCGACCAGUCGCCAACUCCGGCACCGGCUGUCCGGGCGCAGGAGAGCGCCGCCGAUCGAGCCGCCGCCGCCACGCAUGCGGCGUCCGUCGCCGCCGGCCUGGCCUCUGACUCCGAGGAUGAGCCCAUGCGGCGAUCCGCCCAGCCGGAGGACGCCGGCGCCGGCGCCGCCAGCACCAUCAAUCCAGCGUCAUCCGUCGAGCCGGACCCCUCCCAGUCCAACAACACCCGGUCCUUCUCGCGCCUGGUGCAAGAGGCACAAGCGCGGAAUAUGGACCUCGACGAGAUGGGCGCCGUGGGGUUCAAUGAACGCAGCAGCGAGGAAUUCCUCCAGCGCCAGCAUGCUCGCUGGUUGGAGUUCCUCGAGCACCAGGAGCUGUAUGUGCCGUCGCCGCAUGAUUUGCGCGAGUACGACGCCGGUCGAGGGGACAUCCUGGACCCGGACAACCAGUAUGAGCUCGGCCCGGAGGUUGAGGGCCGCCAAGCCCGGCGCACGGACCACCUGGCGUCCGAGGAGCAGUGGGACGGGACCGUCGGGUCGGCGCACGUCGAUUCAUAUGCCCAAACGAUGGAGGGAUUCUCGCCGGCGGCCUUCGCCGAGCGGUACGCCACAGCAACCGGCCCCGAUCCCAAGGGCGCCGCAGGCUCCCAGGCCGGGCAAGCCCAUGGCUCCGGCACACAUGACCCCGCCAGCGGGCCCAGCAGCGGCGGCAGCGGCAGCAGCGACGGCCCCCGCGCCGCCACUGCCCAUGGCCAGGGCAGCCCCUUGGAGGCAUUCAAUCGACCGGAUUUCGUGCACUUCGAUGAUGACUACACCUCUCGGGGGUUCUCCUCGGAUGCCCCGGGGUUCGACCAGGCCAGCGUUCGGCCGGAGGACAUCCUCUCCUCGCAGCACCCGCACUUUGACACGCUCCCCCUGCGCCGGCAGUAUGAGAUCCUCCUGCGGGAGAGCCGUCGGGCCGAGGUGAAUUACGACUAUUCGCACCGGCACUGGCGGGACUCGCUGAGCUCCUUCGACUGGAUCACGCACCAGGCGCCGGGCGGCGCCAAUGACCCGGCCGCCAAGGCUGAUGGCGCCGGCGAGGCGGUCGAGCGGUCGUAUCGGCCGCGGCCCAAGGCCCGCUUCGCCUCCGGGCCCGUGAACAUGGACGACCUGGACCUGACGGAGCGUGUCCGGCAUCUGAAGCGCAAGUCCAUCCUGCACCAGGUGGACCAGCAGAGCAUGGACAUUCGCAAUGACGUGGCGGACAUUCGCAAGGCCGAAAUGACCGCCCGACUGGCGAACUCGCGCAAGCGCAGCCCGCUGCCCUUCCUGGUGAACGAUUGGUACCGGAAGAUCUUUGGCAAGUUCCUGAUCCCGGACUCGGAGCUCCUGUAUGAGCAGGACGCCGCCGAGGAGGCGGCACGCAAGCAGAAGAAGCAGGCUGAGAAGCCGACCAGCAAGCCGUGGCCGUGA